GAACUCAUGAACUAAGACCCAUCAGGAUGAGUGUCAAGUUAUCAGAAAUGUAUGAAUAUAUGAAAAUGGGGCGAGAGAAUGCCCUGCUGGGGAAUUAUGACACAUCCUUAGUAUACUAUCAGGGCCUCCAGCAACAGAUUCAACGCCUCAUAGCCAACGUCAAGGAUCCAGAAAGAAAGAGGAAGUGGAUAGAGGCAAGGGAAAUGAUAAAUCAAGAAUACGAACAAGUCAAAGAAAUCAGCCAGACUCUUGCUAGUUUCUUGACGGACAAACCACGGGCUUUCAAUGCACACGUUGAAGAUUUUGGCAGUCCUUUUGGUGACAAUGCUCGACAUGAAGAACCUACACGAGACCCAGAUGUAUGGCCUCCACCAACACCUGUAGAACAUAGACCUUCACCUAAUUUACGCGGGGGAGUAAGACCAGGUCCAAGAAAAGCAGAACCAGUAAGAAGUCGAAAUCAACCAGCCCCAAGUAAGCCUGGGGCUGCAGGUGGAGACAGAAGGAGAGCUGCACCAGGAUACGGCAAUGUGGAUCGAGGAAGAGAAAGACCAUCAGAAAAAGGAAAAGAAAAGAAAAAACCUGACGAUGGAGAAAAGAAGUUUGAUGGGAUGGGUUAUGAUAAAGACUUGGUGGAAGGACUUGAAAGGGACAUUGUACAAAAGAACCCAAACAUCCGAUGGGAUCAGGUAGCAGAUUUAGUUGAGGCCAAAAAACUACUACAGGAGGCAGUUGUGCUACCUCUCAUCAUUCCUGACUUCUUCAAAGGCAUUCGCAGACCUUGGAGGGGUGUUUUAAUGGUUGGUCCCCCGGGAACGGGAAAGACCAUGCUGGCCAAGGCUGUUGCAACCGAGUGUGGCACAACCUUCUUUAAUGUGUCCUCUGCCACCCUUACCUCAAAAUACAGGGGCGAAUCAGAGAAGUUAGUCAAGCUUCUCUUCGAGAUGGCCCGAUUUUAUGCACCUAGCACAAUAUUCAUAGAUGAAAUCGAUUCUAUAUGCUCCAAGCGAGGGUCUGACUCGGAACAUGAGGCCAGUCGGCGAGUGAAAGCAGAAUUACUAGUUCAGAUGGAUGGUGUGGCAGGGACAGGUGAGGAUGAGGGAGAGCCAAAAAUUGUUAUGGUGCUAGCAGCUACUAACUUUCCUUGGGAUCUUGACGAGGCACUGAGGAGGAGACUGGAAAAGAGGAUAUACAUACCCCUACCUACAGCUGAAGGUCGCGAGGAGCUGUUGAAGAUUAACUUACGAGAAGUAGAGCUGGCCAGAGAUGUGAAUCUGACCUCUGUUGCACAAGAGUUGGAUGGGUACUCUGGAGCUGACAUCACCAAUGUCUGCAGAGAUGCAGCAAUGAUGUCAUUUCGACGUCGAAUCAUAGGCCUGACCCCUGAGCAGGUGCGCAACAUUCCCAAAGAGGAACUACAGAUGCCCCCCACAAUGGAGGAUUUCAAGGAGGCAAUAAAGAAAGUCAACAAGAGUGUUUCACAAGCUGAUCUUGAAAAAUAUCAAAACUGGAUGAAAGAAUUUGGCUCAGUCUAAACAAUAUACUUUGACAGUGCUUGUGCUCAUGUGAUUUUGUUUAUGAAAAUCCAAAUCUUUUUGAAAGGACUUUCCAGGGCUUAAUAGUCAAAGUCAAAGUUUGGUGAAGAAAUGCAUUUUGCUUCUUUUCCUGACAUUUUGUGUUUGUUAAAAUUCUUGACUUCAAAGUGUCAGAUGUAAACUGUAUGUAGUAAAAAUGCAGGACUUCUCAACUAUAAGGGAAAUAUUGAAAGCAAAUUUAUGGAAGUGUCUUGUUUACAAUGAACUAUGACUCUGUGAUACCAGUCAGACGUGUAAAAUAUACAUGAAAGUACAGGGAGAUUUAUGCAUUGUGAAGAAUUUGAAUCAUUUCAUUUGAGAUUCUUUUGCCACAAGUUUUUUUUUUUUGUUAUUACCUGACCUUUGUCGGCCUCAAUGUUUUUUUUACAAUCCUCCUGGCGAUUUUUUAUUUAAUGAAAUGAAGUGAUAAAUGAGUCAUGUAAAUUUAUGUGGGCACGAAUAUUGAUGACUGCAAAAUCACUGGAGUUGCAAAGGAAUUCCAUGAUUUUGAGAAUUCACAAAGAUCAUUUCAGAAUGUUCAAUAGACUGAAAUGUGUUCACCAUCAUAAAGAGAAAAAGUAAUUUGAUCAGGAAAAUAUUUUUUGCCGAUUUAAUAAAAAUGAAUUGAAAAGUUGUGUGUCACAGUCCAAACAAGGAGGGCAAGACAGUUUUACAUAAUUUAUUUCAUGCUCUUGAAAUACUUGCAUUAAUGUGUUGUGAAGUAAGCUUUUUUUCUCGUUACGAAAGAAUCUCUUUAUUAAUACAAAACUAACUUUUAAGAUUACUUGCUCAAGGAAUUUUCGAAGCAUCAAGGGAUAAGUCAUUAUAUCCUCGUUCAAGUUCGACAGGUUAAAAUGUAAACUGCCAAUAAUUUUGGAUAGACCCUAAAAAGGAGGAAUUUUUGAAUGUUUAGUAGUCAUUUUCUGCACUAAAAUGGAAGAAGACAGUUAUUUAGCAAAUUGUCAAUUUAAUCUUCAGGUUCUUCUGUUACUGAAUAUGUACAUUUUUUUUAAGUCCUGUAACCAAUGGGUAUUUUGUCUUUCCGAUGAUACUCUUUUUGCCCAUCAGCAUUGGUUUCAGAUCUGUGUAAUUUACCUUUUUUUUUUUGACACGUCUCUCUAUGCAUACUCUAUUUAUACAUAAAUUCUUACCAUUUCAAUUAUUAUGUAUUUACAUUGAUCAUAUUACUCUCAUAAAAUGGUGAUAUCGUCUCUUG